CUCUUGACAGAUUUGACAUGUCGCAAGAUAAAACGAGAGUUCAAUAAAAGCGCAAAAAAUAGUAUUUUCGUGAAAAUUCUAAAAGAAAAAUUCCUUAUCAGUGUGUGUGUUAGAUGGCAACAUCACCCAGCUCCAAUAUGGAGAGAAGUGCGCCCACAGUAACGACCACAGAAGUGAUAGCACGUCCGGCAAAUGGGACAGAGGAACAGCCAGUUCUUAGGCUUCGACUCCACAAACCUAAAAGCGACAAGAAGGUCUCCUGGGGCUCAGAGACCGUGGACAAUGAGGGAAUGGGCAAGAAGAAGUCUAAAUGUUGCUGUGUCUACCACAAACCUCUAAGUUUUGGCGAGAGUUCGUCUGAGGAUGAAGAUGAAUGUGAACAUUGUUACGGGCAUGUGGAGAUGCGCAAGAAAAAACGAAUACCUCCAGAUGCCAAUGGAGAUCCCAAAGAGCCACCCGAAGGAUGCGAUGAAACAGAUCAGAGUGGGAGCAGUCAGGACUCUGGAGGUAGUUCCAGGCAUACUCCAGGUCAACAUGCAAAUUGUUAAUAAAAUUAAAAUUCCUGAAAUAUUUUUAGCCCACAAAUAAAAAUGCGGUAAAAAUGCCUUAUUUAAAAAAAAAAGAAU